UUCUCUGGACCAAGCAAGGCAUCAGCCAGCACGUGGCUUGCUGAGGGGCUGUGGCUGUGAGCAGGUCUUCAGGAAAGUCAGGGAGGAGGAGCUGGAGUGUGGCUGCAGCCUGUGGUCUGGAAGACAGGGAAAGAAUGAGGCUGACUGAAGAACCAGCUGGGCCAGACCCUGAAGGCCGCAGAGGCACAAGUGCAGAGGAGGAUGCCAAGUGGCUUCAGUGGGUGACACAGCAGUUCAAGAACAUUGCCGGAAAAGACAGGGAGAUCAACCUACAAGAAUUCAAAAGAGCACUGAAUGUGAAAGAGUCCUUCUUUGCAGAGCGGUUCUUUACCCUGUUUGACUCGGACGGAAAUGGCACCAUCACCCUGGAGGAGCUGCAGGAGGCGCUCACCCUGCUCACCCGCGGCAACCCCAUGGACAAACUCAAAUUCCUCUUCCAGGUGUACGACGUGGAUGGCAGCGGCUCCAUCGACCCCGACGAGCUGCGCACUGUGCUACGGUCGUGCCUGCGCGAGAGCGCCAUCUCGCUGCCGGAGGAGAAGCUGGACCAGCUGACGCUGGCGCUCUUCCAAUCGGCGGACAAGGACGGCAGCGGUGCCAUCACCUUCGACGAACUCCGUGACGAGCUGCAGCAGUUCCCCGGCGUCAUGGAGAACCUGACCAUCAGUGCUGCCUGCUGGCUCACACCACCUGCCAACCGCCGUCCUCUGCACAGGCCACGCCACCGCAACCAGCUGCUCUGCCUGGCCACCUACACUGGCCUCCAAGUGCUGCUCUUUGUGCUGGCGGCCAAUGCACACCGGGCCCUUGGUGCCAGCAUCAUGGUGGCCAAAGGCUGUGGCCAGUGCCUCAACUUCAACUGCAGCUUCAUUGCGGUGCUGAUGCUCAGGCGCUGCCUCACGUGGCUACGGGCCACAUGGCUGGCUCAGGUCCUGCCCCUGGACUACGUUAUCCAGUUCCACCAGCUCAUGGGUUACAUGGUGGUGGGACUGUCCCUUGUGCACACUGUGGCCCACGUUGUAAACUUUGCACUCCUGGCUCAGUCCGGGGCCAGCCCCUUCCAGUUCUGGGAACUGCUGCUCACCACGCGGCCUGGCAUCGGCUGGGUGCAUGGCUCAGCCUCCCCGACGGGCGUUGCACUGCUGCUGCUGCUGCUGCUCAUGGUCAUCUGCUCCAGCCCCUGCGUCCGCAGGAGCGGCCAUUUCCAGGUGUUCUACUGGACCCACCAGUCCUACCUGCCCCUGUGGAUCCUUCUCAUCCUGCAUGGGCCUAACUUCUGGAAGUGGCUUCUGGUCCCCGGCAUCUUGUUCCUCCUAGAGAAGGCCAUGGGGCUGAUCAAGUCCCGCAUGGCACCCCUGAGUAUUGUGGAAGUCAACCUCCUCCCCUCCAAGGUCACUCAUCUCAUCAUCCAGCGGCCCCCUCUCUUCCACUAUAGGCCUGGGGACUACUUGUACUUGAACAUCCCCACCAUCGCUCGCUAUGAGUGGCACCCCUUCACCAUCAGCAGUGCUCCUGAGCAGAAAGACACCAUCGAGCUCCACAUCCGGUCCCAAGGCCAGUGGACAAACAGACUGUAUGAGUCUUUCAAGGUGUCAGACCCCGUGGGCUGUGAUUCCAAGAGGCUGUCAAGGAGCUUGAGGAUGAGAAGGAGUCAGAGGAAACCCCAGGAUUUGCAACCACAGCCCAGCCACUCCUGUACCUCAGCACAGGAUGCUGAGUCCUCCAGCAAGAAUGUUGCUAUGGAACUGAUGUCCUACAGGACCGAGGAACCACAGUGCCAGGGGGACAAAGACCAGGACCCCAUAAAGGCUGAGGAAGGGACCCCAGCAUGGUGGGGAGCCUCUUCUCAGGGCGGGGACCUGGCUUCUGAGAUGUCCUCUGAGAACCAUCGAUUCUGCAACAUCAAGUGCUACAUCGAUGGCCCUUAUGGAACCUCCACCCGCAGGAUCUUUGCCUCGGAGCACGCCGUGCUCAUUGGGGCAGGUAUCGGCAUCACCCCCUUUGCCUCCAUCCUGCAGAGCAUCAUGCACAGGCACCAAAAGAGAAAGCACGUUUGCCCCAGCUGCCAGCACUCCUGGAUGGAGGGCCUCCAGGACCACGACAUGAAGCUGCACAAGGUGGAUUUCAUCUGGAUCAACCGAGACCAGAGGUCUUUUGAGUGGUUUGUGAGCCUGCUGACCAAACUGGAGAUGGACCAGGCCCAGGAGGCACAAGACGACCACUUCCUGGAGCUGCACAUGUACAUGACUUCUGCACUAGGCAAGAAUGACAUGAAGGCCAUUGGCCUGCAGAUGGCCCUCGACCUCCUGGCCAAGAAGGAGAAGAAGGACUCUAUUACAGGUCUCCAGACACGUACCCAGCCUGGGCGGCCCGACUGGAGCAAGGUGUUCCAGAAAGUGGCUGCUGCAAAGAAGGGCAAGGUGCAGGUCUUCUUCUGUGGCUCCCCAGCUCUGGCCAAGGUGCUGAAGGGCCACUGUGAGCAGUUUGGCUUCAGGUUCUUCCAAGAGAACUUCUAGUUCCCGCUUUUUGUGCUGUGCCCCAAAUCCACUCCAUCACUGGCUUUGUCAUAGGGGUAUAAGUGCCCCUGUGUGGACCAGCCUCAGACCACCCACCCAGCAGGACAAAGCCCUGGGACCACUGAAUCCCAAUUAACACAAAACAAGGGGGGCCCAAGGGGCAGACCCCAGAACCCAUCUGCUGUGCAUUCUAGGAUUGCAUGAGGCUGAGGAGAUGAGGCUGGAGGCUGGGGCCAUGGGGAGGCAGGAGGAGACUUCAGGACAGCUGCUCCUCCAAAAGUCCUCUGAGGGAGACUUCUGCCUCCCAUAGUGAUCCCCAGCCUACCUACUCAGCCACAACAUCUCGUUAUGCAAUUUUCAAACAUACAGAAAGUUGAAAGGAUUGUGCAGUGCACUGUGCGACCCACCUUCUGACUCCUUGGUUACCAUUUUGCUGUGUUUGCUUUAUCAAGUAUGACCUGUCAGUCCCUCCCUCUACCCAUCCACCAAUUUAUCUCCUUCUUUUGAUGUAUUUCACAGUAAGGUACAGAUAUUGACACACUUUGCCACUCAGAGAAACUUAAAAUGCAGAUUCCUUGGUCCCACACCCAGAAGUUCUAAUCUCAAAGGUCUGGGAAUGAAACCUGGAACAUGUAUCUUCCUAGAAUCCAGUCCCAUGGGGAGAGUGGGACGGCAUAUUUCCCUACCUCUCUGAAUCUUUGCCUUCCCCCCUCAAUCCCUCCCCCUUCCUCUCUCUCCUGGCAUGUGGCUCAGUGUCCCUCCUUGCUGCACACUCUGGCCCCUCUCUUCUCUCUGACCACUGACCAUUAGAGAGGGAAGAUGGAGAUACCCUCCUGUGUGCCUCUGUGGGAUCAUGAAGCAGAUGGGGACACAGAGCGCUCAGCUCAGCCACCCCAGCUGGGUGGCCCUGGCAACCUCUCCAUGUCUGUUUCUUCCUCCAUGAAAUAAGCUGAUGACAUGGGCAGGUCACAGCUGUGACGGUGAAGGUGGGCUGGGAGUGAGCCUGGCUGGAGACCUUUUCUGGGGCCUUUCCAUCAGGUCAUGCUGAGUUACCUGCAAGCCUGGGCGGGCACCUGACUGAUGGAUCAAUCUCAGAUCUCGGCUUUGCCAUCCUGAGGCCACACACGGUUUGAACCCAUUUCCUUCUGUGAAGUCUGCUCCAGCCCUCUGCAUCAGGCCUGGGAAGGCUGGAAGGAAACUCUGUCACUAUCUGGGACUCAGAAGUAUUUGAAAGAGAGUGGCCCAACUUGAGACUGGAGAGUGUAGAGGAUGUACCAAAGUCAUUUGAAGUCUUGGCAGCAACACUUUAACACAGAAUCACACACACACACACACACACACACACGCACACUCACACACCUCUGUUUUAUAUUUUGUCCUGUCUCAGAACACACUUGAGCUGCAGAACUCAGUCAUUUUCUCUCUUAGAGCAGAUUUCCACUUGGCACAAACACACAUAUGCACACAGCCAGCUGUUUGAGUACCUUUUUUUUUUGGCAGUGGUGGGAGCAGGUGGAAGAACCUUAAACAAGAUUGUAAAUUCCCUUGGCCGAGUGACGAUGUGCCUGUGUUCUGUAUUCUUUCCAGCCAGACUCCAGUUGCCCACGAGGGGGCGCUGCAGAAUCAGAGAUCUCAGGAGGGUCUGUUGAGCAGGAAAGGGAGACUGGUUCCUGUGAGGAAAUCAAAGGAAAGAGCAGGAAGGACCCCACCCCACUGCAAAGCUCCCCUGUCAGGACAACGCCUCUAGGCUCAGUCUCAGGCAGCACCGUGAAGUCAGUAGAGAGAGUUCAUUUUCAAGAUCAGUUUCUGCCGCUGCUGGCACCUCACUCUGCCCCUGCCUCCCCCACCACCCCCACCACCCUGCUCCGCCUGCUCCUGCUGUUCAGUUCUGUGCUUUCCUCUUGUCUCCUCCCAACAAAGUGUCCACCUGCAAGGUUGAGUGGAGUUGAACAGGUCUGGCUUGGGGACAACUCAUACAUAGGUCCAGGCUCUGCCCUCGGUGAACAUAUGAACUUAGGUGGCAAGUUCAAAUAUACCAGUGGCCAGCAUGCUGAGCGUGUCCACCUGGAUGUUUCCCAGGUGACCAGAUGGGUGCCAUCCCGGUGUCAACCAGAAACAAAUGCAUCCUUAGAGCCGACUGACUUUUCUUCUUUCAGCCAGAUGUCGGCAAUGCUGAGACACAUCUGGGCCCAAGAUAGAUAAGGCUGACACAAGAGAGGAGGGAGGGAGCACCAGCUAACUGCAGGUAAAGGGAGGCGUAUGGAAGGGCACACCUGACCUCCUCCAUCAGGCUGGGUGCUCCCGGAGGUCAGGCCUGUGGCCCCCAAAUCAAGCACAAGGGAGAAUGAAUGGUCCUGAAGUGGGUGUCAGUUCCCACCAGGGCAAGGGAGGGCUGAGAUGGAAUUGUCUUCUGCAUCUAAUUGUCAUUUGUAAUUUGGGGAACAAAAGUGCACACACAAGCUGCCUGAAUGUCUUUGCCAGCUGUUCUGCUGUGACCACACUCUGACAGCCACGAAGGUUUUAGAGAAACAAAUGAUUAGCUGGACCUGCCCCGCCCGCCCAGCACAAGUGCAGUCUAUUAAUACACUGAGAGCCUGGGGCAUUUGUGGGAGGGGUGAGGGACAUGGGCCAUAUUGCAAAGUGUCACCAGCUUUGUAGACAAGGUCCAGAGCAGGGAGAUAUUAGAGGCACCAGCUGAGGCUGGCUCUGGGCAAAACCUUACAUGUGCGCAGUGGAAAAGCCACUGCUUUUGGGAAGUCGGAGCAUGGCUUCUACUUUUGCUAGUGCCGCAGGCUGCUGCGCAACCUUGGAUAUAUCAUUUGGCCUCUCUGAGCUCUCGCUUUUUUGUCUAUGAAGUAAACACAUUAAGGACACAUGUGUUUAAAUGCUUGUACAUGCAUAGGCAUCUCUAAAAGAACACAAAUAUACUUCUCUUUGCUCUGUGGGGUGGGAGUGGAUAGACAGGAAGGAAAGGAUUUUGACUUUUGAUUUUUGUUUUGUUUUACUUUUUACCCUUCUAUGAAGUUUGACGUUUUUAUGAUAAGGGUAUGUUGUUUUAAUUUUGAAAAGAAACCCCAAAUAGAAUGUCAUGUAAAAGCAAAACAAAGUACCAAGAAUUUGAUCUGAUCCUAUACAUAUAAUGAAAAAUAAAUAAUGUAUAUGUAUCAUGUGGGAAUAAAAGAAAUGCAUGGAAAGAGGGGUGGAAGGAUGGAGUAGUCACUGUGGGAACUUUGGGGGAGUUUGUGAAGUCCCCCUUACCUUGCUCAUGUACUGGUGUAUUACCUGUAUAAUGUUCCCAAUGUAUAAAUUUUACACCAGGCACUUCAUGUACCACUCAUGUGUUAUUAUACUUUUUUACUUAUGUACUUA